UAAAAUUCCUCCGGCUUAGUGUGGACAGAAAACAUUUCAUGCAUUUUCAGAGUGAAAUCUCCGUUUUCAAAAAUGUGGCCGGGUCUACGCGUCACAAAAUAAAAUCGAGGCAUUCGCAGGUUCAUUAGGAAGGCGUGCACGUGCUAGUUUGCAAAACGCACGAUUUUGCAUUGUUCGUGAAAAAAAAACACUCUCGCGAUUCACGCGGGAAUGUUUUGGCAUCAUUUGUUACAUCGCGCAACCUAAUUUUCCGCGUCUUUCUCACCAGCAAUUAAAUUAGGAAGCCAAAUCAUUAAAAUUGCACCAAAUUAUGGAGUUCCCUUUCCCUGAAGCAGGGCAUGAGAAAUUCCAUGCAAAAACGAAACCAAAGCUUAUAACAAAAUCGAAGCCUAAGAAUUCUUUUGGUAGAAGAGCGCAUCACAACGCACUCGAACAACAAAGGAGAGGAAUUAUCCGUGGUUGCUUUGAAAGUCUUCGCAAAUCCGUGCCAUCGCUGGCUUCAGAGGACAAGAAGUUAUCAAGGUCAGGAAUUUUGAGAGAAACUGCAAGGUACAUCAAGACGAGCAAGGAACGAAUAGCGCAACAUCUCAAUGAUCUGGAAGAACUUCGCUUGCAAAACGAGCUAUUAAGCGGGGAAGUCGAUUUAGGAUACCUCCACGAAACACCUCUUCUAUGCGAAGAUUUCAACAGCUUUACAAAAACUUCGACCGAAGUUGAAGAAAUUACAAACAGCCCUCAAACAAGCAACAGCAUUCCAGAGAAAUUUUCCAAUUACACACAAGAUCAUUUGCCAAUUGCUUCACGCCUUGACAAUAAGGAUAUUGUUGUUAUGGAAAAAGAUUUAUUCGGAAGCGGCGAAUCUGUGGCGAGGGAGAUGUUUCGUAGGAAGAUUUCCUCAGAUGAAGAGUAUGGCAUCGAUGAUGGGUGUUUUGUACAAUCACCAUUCUCAAUUUAUGGCCCAUCUUAGUUUGUAGACGUAUAAUUCGUUCCCUCGGGAAAAAAACAAGUUGUCUUGUCACAAGAGGAAAAGAAGGAGAUUUACAAGUAACCGUAAUGGACAUUUGAGAUGUGCAGAAGUGUACAAUGUGGUGGUGGUGUUGUUUUUGCACAAGUUUUUGUUUACAAGCGAAGGCUGUCCAUUAAUUAUAUAAAGCGUUCAUACUUUAUUGAAUAUAAAGUUGAGGCAUAUAUUAACGUGCAAGUAAGCUUUUUAAGGCAGCCGCUUUU